AUGCAACUGAAUCGAUUGACCAAGAAGGACAGUUAUGCACUGCCAAGAGUCGAGGAUCUUUUAGAUUGUAUAGCGGGAAAUAAAUUCUUUUCCAUCAUAGAUAUGAAAUCCGGCUACUAUCAAGUGGAGAUUCUAGAGGACCAUAAGGAGCGUACAGCAUUCUCCGUUGGACCAUUAGGAUUUUAUGAGUACAAUCGUAUGCCGUUUGGACUUACAAAUUCACCAGCGACAUAUCAGAGAUUGAUGGAGAACAUUCUAGCUGACCUCAACUUAAAAAUAUGCUGUGUAUUCAUAGACGAUGUCAUCAUAUUUGGCAAGACGUUUGAGGAACAUCUCAAUAACAUACAGCUUGUAUUCAACAAAAUACAAGAGGCCACACUUAAACUUGCUCCAUCCAAGUGCCAAUUUUUCAAGAGGAAAGUUAAGUUUAUUGGUCACAUUGUUUCGGAGAAAGCCAAACUAGAUGCCACUGGACAUCGAUGGUUAGCAGCUCUUGCUUCCUUCAACUUUGACAUCAAAUAUAGAGCUGGAAGGAAUAAUGCAGAUGCUGAUGCUCUUAGCCGUUUGCCAACUAUCAACAUCGAGACUGUACAAGCCAUUUGUCACUCUACUGUACCAGCCUAUGUGAAAACUCUUACUCUGUCUCCAUCAAUAGUAUUAGAUGAUGAAGAUCCACGAGGGACCAGUACAGGAAACAUCAUUGAUUGGUGUAAAGCACAGGAUCUGGAUCCCGGUAUAAAGAGGAUGAGGGAUUAUGUACAAUCCAAUGUGAAACCUUCAAGGAAAGAAAUAGGAUCUAACUCCCUACUGCGACAAUUUCAAAAUUUAAGGUUAAUAGAUGGAGUUUUGCAUCUAGUAACAACAGAUGAAGGAAUUAAACAUCAACUGGUUUUACCCAUUGCUCAUGCAUCAACUGUAAUGGAAGCUCUCCAUAAUGACAUGGGACACCCUGGUAAAGACAGAACCAUUUCACUCAUUAAAGAAAGGUUCUAUUGGCCUGGAAUGCACAGUGAUGUUGAGACGUGGAUCACCGAAUGUGGAAGAUGUACUAGGAGGAAGACACCAACCAAUCAACAAGCUCCUCUAGUGAACAUUGUGACAAGUGCACCACUAGAAUUGGUAUGCAUGGAUUACCUGACUCUGGAAGCAUCCAAGGGAGGUUAUCAACACAUGUUGGUUAUCACGGACCACUUUACUAGGUACGCAUUAGCUAUCCCAACCAGGAACCAAUUAGCAACGACAACUGCAGAAGCAUUCUUAAAUCAUUUUAUUGUUCACUACGGAAUACCUGCCAGAAUCCAUUCUGACCAAGGUGCAAAUUUUGAGAAAAAGGUGAUUAAAGAAUUAUAUUCCAUUGCAGGGAUGAGCAAAUCAAGGACCACCAGUUAUCACGCGAUGGGUAAUGGAAUGUGUGAGAGGUUUAACCGGACUCUGCUUGGUUCGCUUCCAUCCACCAAGAAGGCUAAUUGGAAGGCAUACGUCAAUCCAUUAGUACAUGCCUAUAAUUGCACUCGCCACGAGAGCACUGGACAAACGCCAUGCUUACUGAUGUUUGGUAGAAUCCCAAGAUUGCCCGUGGACAUGACUGUUGGCCUUAGAGAAAAUGAGAAGGAACCUACUACUCAGUAUGUAACUGACUUGCGGAGUAAAAUCCAAAAAGCAUACGAGCUAGCAGCAGAUGCAUCUGAGAAAGCAAGGACCAAGCAGAGAGACACAUACAACACCAAGGUGAGAGGUGGAACAGUGAAAGUUGGAGAUCGAGUACUAGUAAAAAUAGUUGCUUUUGAUGGUAAGCACAAGUUGGCUGAUAGAUGGGAGCAGGAGCCUUACACAGUCAUUGUACAGCCAAAUAGUGAUAUUACUAUUUUUACUGUCAGAAGAGAAAAUGGUGAAGGACGUACUCGUACUCUACAUCGCAACCUUUUACUUCUGAUGGGUUUCAUUCAUGAUGCACCAACACCAGAUCCAAGGAAAUCAAGGGUUAAGCCUGCAGCAGCAAACGUUAAUGAGGAACCAGAGAAUAAUCAUCAAGAAGAAUCUGGGGAGAGUGACUCAGAAGAUGAUUCUUCAUGGGGAGUCAUAGUUAGUCAGGUAGAGCAAGAAGACAGCAGUCCAGUGAUUGGUGAUGAUUCUGAGAUUGCUCAUGAGACUAAUAAUGUUUCAUUUCAGAAUGCUAGCGCUAGCGAUACGGAGAUUGCUCAGGAAGAAGUUCCGGAUGCAGCAACAUCUCAGACAGAAACAGAACAGACCGAAGAAGUUCCUCUAAUGAGAUCUACCAGACAGCGGAAACUACUUGUCCGCUAUCAAACUGGCGACUUCAUGCUGAAUGCAAGGUGA